CACGUCUCUUGGUGGUUUACUCUCAGUCGUCGCUUCCCCUUUUAUUUUUUGUUUUCUUUUCAUUUGGCUAUAAAUACGUGUUUCGGUGGCGCUACGAUUCAUUGGACGUUGUCGGUUCGUCCACAGGCAACUCUCCCUUUGAUUUAGAGCGGUGAAUUGACAGAUCGCGAAUUACAGCUUCAAUCCAAGCUGGGCUAAAUAAAUGUUUUUCUCCUUGCUGCAGCGUGAGCAUAGGGUGGAAUCCGACGAUCCUGUGUAAUAGCAAAUCCUGCACCCUGAGUAAGGUUGUUUUAUAUUUUUCAGUGUAGUUUUCAAACGAAUAAGUAUUUGUCGUUUUUUUUCUCCUCCUCGGUUUUUGUCACAAUGAGGCAUCUGUGAGGUUUUUUUCGUUGUUGUUAAAAUGAGGGAGCAAACUGUCAAAGAGAUCCACAGAAAGACACAGGCCUCAUCAUUUUCAGGCCUGGACCUGGGAUAAAAAAAGCCAAAAGAGGGUAACGGAGGCUGCGAGAGACAAAUCUGAAUAAAAUGGGAUACAAUAAAGCACGCGAGGAGAAUAGAAUACCCAUUUUAUUAAUGACGGUGGCGCGUGCAAGCUCGAAGUGUCUCCGAACAAGAAACCCUUUCUCUCUUUAACAAAAACUGUUUUCUAAAUACACGUUGUUCUGCUUUGGGUGGGGGAAAAACCACUGACGACGCCGUGCAUUAACUUUUAAAAAUAUAUUUAGAUAUUUACGUUUUUCAUUCACUUUUGUUCUGGACCCAACGUUGGCUGUUCAAUGGAAGUAUGCUAUCAGUUGCCGGUUUUACCGCUGGACAGACAGGUUCCUAAGCAUGUGCUUAGCCGAAGGGGGGCCAUCAGUUUCAGCUCCAGCUCCUCUCUCUUCGGGGGACCCGACCCCAGAAAGCUGUCACAGAGACGAGGGGCGAUCUCCUACGACAGCUCGGACCAGACUGCACUCUACAUCCGCAUGCUUGGAGAUGUGAGAGUGAGGAGCCAGGUGGGGUUUGAACCAGGACGACGCGGCUCGCACCCGUACCUGAACGUUGACUUCCGGCUUCUGCACUCCCGAGGAGGCAGCCCAGGACCUGUGUCCGCCAGGACUGUCCGCAGGCUCCUGAGCUUUCAGAGGUACCACUCUUCCCGUGUCUACCAGGGAGUCCCCACCCAGAACCCUCUCCACAUCCUGGACGAUGACUACACUGGCCAGGCCAAGUGCAUGCUGGAAAAGGUUGGCAGCUGGAAGUUUGACAUAUUUCUGUUUGACAGAUUAACUAAUGGAAACAGCCUGAUCUCCCUCACCUUCCAUCUGAUAAACCAGUACGGACUGAUCCAGCUCUUCCAGUUAGACACGGUCAAACUCCGCAGAUUUCUGGUCAUGGUUCAGGAGGACUACCGCAGUCAGAACCCUUACCACAAUGCUGUGCAUGCGGCCGAUGUCACCCAGGCUAUGUACUGUUACAUGCAGGAGCCAAAGCUUGCCGAAUCUCUCACCUCCUGCGACAUCCUCCUGAGCCUCCUGGCUGCCGCCACCCAUGACCUGGACCACCCGGGGGUCAAUCAGCCGUUCCUCAUCAAGACCAACCACCACCUGGCAGCUCUGUACAGGAAUACCUCGGUUCUGGAGAACCACCACUGGAGGUCAGCGGUGGGCCUGCUCAGAGAAUCCAGCCUGUUCUCCCACCUCCCCACAGAGGACAGACUGAACAUGGAGAGGCAGCUUGGCUCUCUCAUUCUGGCCACAGACAUCAGCAGGCAAAACGAGUACCUGUGCAAAUUCCGCACACACCUGGACAAGGAGGAUCUCUGCCUGGGGAACGCCAGCCACCGGCACUUCCUUCUGCAGAUGGCACUGAAGUGUGCAGACAUCUGCAACCCCUGUCGGCCCUGGGAGCUCAGCAGAAAAUGGAGUGAGAAAGUAACCGAGGAAUUCUUUCACCAGGGAGACAUUGAAAAGAAGCUGAAACUGGAACUCAGUCCACUGUGUGACAGCCGGAUGAACUCUGUUGGAAAUAUCCAGAUUGGUUUCAUGACGUUUGUGGUGGAGCCGCUGUUCGGCGCGUGGGCUCGCUUCUCUGACACGCAGCUGUCCCAGUGCAUGCUGGACCAUAUGGCCCAAAACAAGGCUCGCUGGAAGGGGGUCCUGCAGGAGCAGGUGCUCGGCAGAGACGAGCGGGACACUGACUCCAAAACAUUACCUCAGGGAAACAGAGAGUCGUGACCCCUGCCCCCAAUGCAGGUCCGGCUAGGGCGCGGUCAGGGGUCAGGGGUCAGGGGUCAGGGGUCAGAGACUGAACAGCUUCUUCCAGCGCAGAUGCCUUCAUCGCCAUCCGGCUGCCGGCCUCCCAUCUCUACACACCACUGUUUUUUAUUUAUUUUAUUUCACCCCCCAUCCCCCACAUAGAGCAAUACAUAGAUACCUCAUGUUGCUUUCUGCUGUAUUUUUAUUUGGACAGAACAUUAUUAUUAAUAAUUUAUUAUUAUUUUAAUUCUCUCUGUAUUUGGUUUUUUGUCUAGAGCUGCACAGGCCACCCUGAUAGAGGCCUGAGGGAACAGGGUGAGAGGGUUCGGGUGCCAUUUUCAGAAUUGUUCUUGUUUUUGAUUCUUGAAAUGAAUAAUCUUGAGUAUUCACAGCUGAGGCUGCUGAGUCAUUUGGAAUGAAUCUUCCAUUUUGUGUUUAAAAAAACUGUAGAAAAGUGAAGAGCCACUCCCUUUGAUACCACUGAAGACACCGUCUUUACAGUGUCUUAACUUUGUGUGUGUCUGUGUGUGUUUGUGUGUGUGUGUAUGUGCAUGCAUGUGUGCGUUCUGAAUUAUCUUGGUUCUGUUGUUCUGCCUUUAAGUGCAGACCUGAAAAUCCACUGGGAACUCCUAAUGACACAUUGUUGAACAAACAAGCCGGACUGCUAUUGAAGCUGCCUACGCUUCCAUGGGUGUGGCUGCACAGAUCGCACUCACAGCCCACUGGGACGGUUCUGGGAGAAGCAGGGGUCACAUUUUCAUCCAGGAUGAAGGGAAUAAGCCCUGGAUCGCAGGAAGCAAAAGCAAAUCCCAUCUUUGGGAUGACAAAAGCACGUAGCCUUCACUGCCUUUCACACACUGGAAUAACCACUCUCUCACACAGGUUCAGCUAACCUGGAUGAACAGAAUUAGCUCAGGGUUUCUGUCAGUUUAUGUGAAUGGACCUGUGAGAAAGCAUAGUUCUUCUAAAGCCGUGGUUCUCAAGAUGUGGGUCACCAAAUAAAUACGAAGAAGAGAGAAAACAUACUCUACAUCAUACCUGUUGGCAUUCACACCAGCAAAAUUUAAGUCUGCACUAUUUAAAUACAUUGUACAUGCAGUCAUAUUGGCAUGUUUUAAAAAUGCUAAUUCCGUAUUUGUCACUAUAUUGUCUCAAACCCAGAUUGUCUCUUGUCCAUGUCAGGAAAGGUUUGAUGUCUCACAAAUAUUUGACAUUAGUUUCCUGCAAUCUGUUUUUUUCUACCAAGUUUUAGUCUGUUAUGUCAUAGGUCAGUGGUUGAGUUGGCUUCCGUCACUGUCUCCAGGUCAAGCCCUGUCACCAAAAGACGUAACUCAUAAAGCAAUGGCCAGUUGCUUCCUCUUAUCAGCUAAGUCACUAGAAUUUGGUUGGAUUUGUGUCCAAUUAGUCUCAGCCUCGCCAGGCUAAUGGCUCCAUUAGCAUGUGAGCUUGACAAGUGAGAAGGGGACAGAAGGUAACAAAAAAUAUUUUUUGCUAUUUAGUUGCGUCCUGGCUUCAAAGUUUGGGGACCACUACUUUGAAGCUACUCUAGGAGGCCCUCUCUCCUUAAAUGCAUAGCAUGACUGGUCACUCUUUGCACAGCCUGUUCCUAUUGCUCCCACAUGAAGCAUGUACAAUGCCUUCAUCAGCAUG